GCAACACCAAGUAAACCGGUCGAUAUUCAGGGCAUGAAUAGAUGUGGUACCUUCCCCAAACAUUUAUUUGUAUCUCGCCUCUCACUAACCGUUAUGAUCCUAGACUUAGCUAGUUUUUAUCAUACCACGAAUCAAUCAACUAAUCAUCCACCUACCCCUCCACCUACAUCUCUUUUGGCCUAUCCUAGGUCUUGCCCAUCAGUACCUAAGGUACCUCCUAUCUUCUGAAUAGUUGUUUUUCUGUCUGCAAACAAGAAUGGGCAAAUCCAAAAGACCUCUAUCGGGAGCGGCACUUCAAGCUCCCAAGAGCAAGAUCCAAAAGCAACAGCAGCAUGCAGCUGAAGUUGAAGAAAAAACCCAGGCACAAGAGACACAAGCCGAGUCUUCUGGAAAUGUCCAAGUUGAACGUCCGCACGAUCCAAUCGAGAUCGAAACGGAGGACAUAAUACCAAAGGCGAAAUCACGAAUCCAGGGUUAUCAGAGGAAUGACAGCAAUGAUCGAACAGAUAAGCUGCUUGAUGAUAUUCUUGAUAAUCUCCCCCUAGAGGGCCGAAAAGCAUUCGCCAGCACGAUUCUAGAAGCGCGGAACGAUGAAGGUCUGCGGGCAUUGAUAGAAAACUUCAAAACCAAGCUGUUAAUACCACUGAAAGCCAAGGGGGGCACAACUCCAACUCCUUCCCAGAUACCAUCUUCAUCCUCGUCUGAGAAAAUGGAGCCAGAGGGAUCACCAACAACGCUUCUGCCUUUAGCGAUUACCAAAUAUGCGUCGAGAAGUGGUCAGCAAAAACUGAAGGACUACUGCUUAGCCCGUGAUGGUUAUAAGUGUGUUGUUUCUGGAGUAUAUGAUCUAAACAGCGAAGAUCAAACACCUCAAGAUGCAGAUACAGCUAUCACAGAGUGCUCCCAUAUCAUUCCGUUUUCUAUGGCACCGUCAUCAAAGGGAAAGAAGCCGAUUGAAUCGGUCUCAGCGACCUGGAGUAUUAUGUAUCAGUGUUUCCCAGCUCUCAAAAAUGUAUUGGAUAUGAAUGAUCCUUCUAGGACUAAUGAUCCAAGAAAUGCCAUGACCUUGUUACGUGAUCUACAUGCUGCACUGGGAUCAUUCUCAAUGGCCUUUGAAGAAACCGAGAAUGAAACCGUCUACACACUGAAAACAUAUCGGUCAUUCCCAUCUGCUUUUAAAAGAGCGUUUCUACCGAAAGAUGGAAUAGUUCGCUUUAAGUCUCAUGAUGGUAAUCAUAUAUCAUUGCCUGAUAAUGCCAUAUUGGCGGCUCAUGCAGCCAUUGCUCGAAUACUCCAUCUGACAGGAAUGGGCGAAGAAAUUGACAAGAUGCUGAGAGAAUUCGACAAGCUCAGCUGUCUUGCUGAAGAAGGCAUCCUGGAUGGGGAGUAAAGGUUAUGCAAUAUCGGAAUGGAUGGUUAGAGGGGCGGCGCCGGAAACGGUGCCAGGGAAUAGGUAAUUUGAAAAUGAUGUCGUAUUUUUAGAGGCCACUGUAAAUCAAAAGGAAAGUUUCCAUAUGUCUCUAGCUAUCUUUUUAAUUAGAG